AUGAGUUCUAGCUCGGAGACAUCGGUGGUUGCUUCGUCCAACCGUGGAGUGCCAUCCAAGUGCAUUUGUGGAGCCGGUGUGAGGAUCUUUACAUCGAGAACCAAAGAAAAUCCUGGUCGACCGUUCUUCCGUUGUUUAACCAAAAGAGAUCCAAGCUCGUGGACAAACAAAAGAGAUGGUCACUUGUUUAAGUGGGUCGAGGAGGCGGUGUAUGAGGAAGUUGAAGAUGCAUUACCAAAACUAGGACUUAUGGCAAAUGAGAUCGUGAAAACGAAAUCCCAAGUUAAUCAGUUGACUGCUGCUUUACUAGAGUUGAAGGAAGAAGCAUUGUGGAGCAAAGUGGAAAUCCGCAAGUUCAGAACGUUAUUGAAAGUGUGUUUUGUGUGUGUUGUUUGUAUUUGUGUUGUCUCAAUUGGCAUUGCUUACCUAGUGAUUGGUAAAGCACAACAAAUGAAGUUUGUUCUCGGUUAUUAG